AGGCUUACAGGACCAGCUAUUGCCACAAAAGAUAAGCUUCCUGUUUACCAGUUGGCCUGAGACAAAGUGGUUGUGCUUCCUGGCCACGCGGGGCUUGGCACACAGUCUGGGCUCUGUCUGUCAGGAUGCAUCCGUGAAGCAGGAUGUCAAUGUCUCCGGCAAAAAUGAUCAUUUACGGCAGUGUGCUGUUUACCGGGAGCAUUUCCCUUUCGUAUUUCAUCAUACAAAAGACUUAUUCCAGGGGUUUAUAUUACAAGUUGGCGUUGGAGCAGCUGCAGAACCAUCCCGAGGCACAGGAAGCUCUGGGUCCUCCUGUCAACAUCCACCAUCUCAAGCUCAUUGGCAAGGACAACUUUGUGGACAUUGCUGAUGCCAAGUUGAAGAUUCCUGUCUCUGGAUCCAAGUCAGAGGGUCAUCUCCACGUCCACUCAACCAGAAGUGGCCCCUUUCACAGGUGGCACCUUAAUGAGGUCUUCUUAGAGCUCAAGGAUGGUCAGCAGAUUUCCGUGUUCAAUCUCAGUGGAGAAAAUGGUGAUGACGUGAAAAAGGAGUAGAGACGACCCAAAAGACCCAGGUUGCUUCUAGUCCAGCCUUCCCUCAUCUCUACCAUGUGCCCACUGGCAUGGUGGCCCAUCUGAGUGACAGAUACUCCUGCAAGCCAGUUUUCCAGCCACCAGUAGGAUGACUGUAUGUGCCAUCAUGUGGUAAUUUUGGUAUAAAUCUAACUUGGGCACAACAAAUGCUAUUUGUCGUUUUUAAACUGAAUCAGAAAGAAACUCUUACAAAUUUAAGAUGAUUUAUUUGAAAGUGCUUUGUAUAAAAAAGGAAUCAAAAUUAAUAAAAUGUUUGUUGAUCUUU